GUCUCUGUCACCACCAAUGAGGUCGAUACAGGUGCUCAGCUCGUGGCUGGUUUAUCAACAGUUCUCGAGCCAGAAGAAGCCUUGCGGAUCAGGAAAAAGAUUGACAUUCAUAUUCUUCCUUUGAUGUGCACACUUUUAUAGGAUGCAAUUCAUGGACAAGACCACAUUGGGCAGUGCGGCUAUUCUAGGCAUCGAACAAGCUACACAUCUGUCUACUAAUCAGUACAACUGGCUAGGGACUGUUUUCUAUCUCAGUUAUCUAGUUUUCGAAUAUCCACAGAAUCUUGCGCUUCAGCGCUUCCCAGUUGGCAAGUGGAUAAGUUUCAACGUCUUUGUUUGGGGAACCACAUUGUGCUGUCAUGCAGCAUGCACAAGCUUUACUGGGCUUCUCAUCGUUCGCUUGCUCCUCGGAGUCUGCGAGGGGUGUAUAACAGCUGGAUUCAUGAUUGUCAGCUCCAUGUUUUAUACAAGGAAUGAACAGACCCUGAGAGUAGGAUAUUGGUUUCUCAUGAAUGGAAAAGCUCAAAUCGUUCUGGGCUUCAUCAGUUUCGGGACCCUCCAUAUCACGACAGGUGGAUUUGAGCCAUGGCAAUGGCUUAUGAUCAUUACUGGCGGUAUGACUCUAAUCCUUGCAGUAACAUUUUGGUUCCUUUUCCCAGAUUCGCCUACGACUGCUUGGUUCCUCACUAUGGAGGAGCGUGCUAAAGCCGUUCAGCGUAUCCAGGAAAACCAAACUGGAGUAGAAAACAAGCACUUUAAGAAAGAACAGAUGAUUGAAGCGUUGUGUGACCCAAAAACUUGGAUCUUUGCACUCUUCUCCGCUCUCGACAACAUACCUAACUCGCUGACGAACCAAAGGCAAAUUAUUGUCUCUUCAUUUGGGUUCACAAAUCUGCAAACUACGCUCCUUGGAUGUGUCGAUGGGUUCAUCGAGAUUGCGACUAUUUGGACAGGGGUAAUCCUUGCCUCUCGCCGCCCGAACAGUCGAGCAUAUGUUGGCGCUUUAUACUUCAUUCCGAAUCUCUUGGGUAUUCUUUUGGUAAAUUUAUUACCAUGGAGUGACAAAGUGGGGCUUCUGUUCGGGCAGUGGAUUACUGGUGUGGGAACUACUGGUUUUGUGUUGUCCUUGUCAUGGUUGGGCAAUGUAACAGCUGGUCACACAAAGAAGGUCGUGACUAACGCCAUCAUGCUUUCUGCAUAUUGUAUUGGAAAUGCUGCUGGUCCAUUUAUGUGGGAGGCCAAGUACAAACCUCGAAACCAUGUGCCAUGGAUAGUGAUCGGAAUCUGCUACGUCAUUUGCCCACUUCUUCUUCUCUGGAUUCGGGUCCUUCUUUCCCGGGAGAAUCAAAGGCGUGACGCAGAGCCCGCAGAUACGACAUAUGAUGAGGUGUAUAUCGAGCGCAUCACAGAGGAUGGGAAAAGGACUGAGGUGAAAGUGGACAAAGAAUUCUUGGACCUGACUGAUAGACAGAACCGGGACUUCAGAUACGUGUUGUAGCGAAUGCAGUGACACCUGUAGCUAUAUUGAUGGACACGAACUUGAUGACAUUUUAUGCCGUAUUCUCCAUGUUCUAACUGUACUACCACCUGUUCUUCAUUCACAAACCCUUCCACCAGUGUACUUAGAGAACUGAUGCGGGAUGUCUCAAUGCAAAUCGACAGGUAGGCUUCGUACAGUGCGAAAGAGACUGUUUUGGUCUAGACGACUACGGCGAAGUUAUAUGUAGAGUUC